AUGGCACGGUCGUCUGACCCUUCGAAUGGAGGCGUGCCCAAGCCUCGGCGAAAACUGGGCGGCGGCUCACGGACCCAGUCCGAGGAGCGGAAGGAUGCGUUGAAGACGACCCCCAGAUCUCAGGCGCAGGGCGCGUCGUCUUCAGAAGACAGAAAACGGUCACGCGCGCUUGCGAAGCGCGAGCAGGCGGAGUCCCUCCCUGCUGCUCAGGCAGCCGAGGCCCCCUCCUCCGCUUCCUUCUCUCUCGCUGCUGCGUGUGCGCCUCCUCUCGAAGGAAGCGUGCUGUUUCAUCCGGUUCGCAUGUUGGGCAAAGUGACCGAACGCAUUCCCUUCGGCCUAGCCCGACUGGGGACGGAGAUGUUUGUCACCUGCAGUCUGGGGCGCGCGUUCCAGGUGUUUGAGGGCGCCAAGCUUCGGCUAGUGUUUUCGAGUCCGCCGCUCGGCCACAAGAUACGGCACUUGCUGGUUGACUACUCGACUGUCUAUACAGCGGGCAAGUACGAAGUCUUUGCGUGGCAGAAACUGGAAAAAGUCGCGGAGUUCCUCCCCGGCAAGCACGCGCACCGCGGCCUGCCCGACGCUCCCGAGUACAAACUGCGCGGCCUGACGGUCAUCGGCGACUGGUUGCUGACCUUCUCCGGUGUCGAGCUCUGCGUGUGGCAGAAGAAGACGGGGAAGCUGGUCCACAAGUACGAAAACCGGGAUUUCUUCUCCUCGGCUGCCUCCGCAGGCGCGCGCCUCCCUCUCUUCACUGCGCUCCUGCACCCGCCCACGUAUCUGAACAAAGUGGCUGUCGGAUUUGACUCAGGUCACCUCCUCAUUGUCAACCUCCGCACGGGUCUGCUGGUCCACCAACUCAGGUGUCUCGUCUCCGCACAAACAAGAGAGGAGGCCGGGCGCGCCGCGAACGCGAGAGCGACUGGCGGCUCCUCGGAGCUUUCCAGCGACGAGGACGACGCGGACGCGCUGCCGAAGCUGGCCUCCUCCUCCUCGCCGGCGUCCUCCGCGUGGGGCGCUGUGACGUGUGCGGCGAACGGCCCCGAGCCGGACGUCGUCGCUGUCGGCUUCUCCUCGGGCAGAAUUGCCGUCGUCGAUCUCGCGCGCGACGAGCUUUUGCUUGAGUUUGCACAUGCGCCUGCGCAGGGCGCGGUGCUUUCUCUCGCCUUCCGCACCGACGCCUCCUCGUCCAUCUCUUCGGAGGACGACGCGAUCGCGGACCUCAGCGCCGUGCUUGUCAGUGGAGGCAAAAACGGCGAUCUCGUCGUGUGGAGCCUCGACGAGGGCCGCUUCUUGGGCGCCGUUGAAGGCGCUCACCAAGGCCCCAUACGCUCGCUGCAGUUCUACCCCGGCCAGCCCAUUCUCGUCUCUUCAGGAGACGACAACAGCUUAGUCAUGUGGAUUUUUGACCUGCCAACUGGGCUUCCGCGCGAGCUAAAAUCGAGACGCGGCCACAUCGGCCCCGUCGACUUCUUGGGUUUCUACGACGGAAUCCAAGAGGGCACUGAACUCCUGACCACCAGCACUCUCGGCGGCCGUGGUCACAUCGCCCGCACGUCCCUGAUUCGCCAGCAGCAGAACUGCGCCUUCUCUGCCAAGUGCUUUCGGAAGAAAGCGACUGAUUGGGGCUUCCGGCCGAAGCGCUUCCCACCCGCGGUCACCGAUAUCGCCUUCGCGUCAUCCCGCCACUUUGACUGGCCGAAUGUGGUAUCCAUUCACCGCGGUGCGCAUGCGGCGCUCGUCUGGAGUUUCCACGACAAAGCGCUGACGACCCAGGCGCUUCGCGUUUCGCGGCACGCCCCGACGCCCGCGACCGCAGUGGCGGUGAGCGGCUGCGGGAACUUCGUGGUCAUUGGGUACGCAGACGGGACGCUUCACAAGUUCAAUCUGCAGUCUGGGAAGCACCGCGGAGAGUUCUCGGGGCGACCUCACACGGCUGCAGGCCCUGCGCCGCUCGCGCACAGAGCGGGGGCAAUAUGCGCCGUCGCAGUUAUUCAGUCAACGACCGUCGUCGCUGCGUCUUCCCACCCCUCGGACGUCGCGCUCUCGCUGUAUUCGCUGAAGUCGCAAGCGUUCGAGCGGCGGCUGCCUCUCCCGACUUCGCGGGGGCCGAUUGCGUCUUUCGUCGUCUCGCAGAACUCGUCGUUGCUGGCCGUUUCCUCGCAGGAGGGCGCGGUCUUCCUCGUGGAUAUCCUCUCGCAGGCGGUGAUCCGUGCCAUCUUCAAAGAGGGCGCACCCGCGUCGCCGCGGGCCCUCGCCUUCUCACCCGACGGAAGGUGGCUCGCCGUGGCCUCUCGGCCGGGAGCCUCGCAGGGCCCGACGCUCUACAUCUACGACAUUCUGAGCGCCGCGGUGGUCGACUGGCUGCGCUUCAAGAGCCCCGUUUUGGCGAUGACGUUUGACCCGACCGGGACGUUCCUUCUCACUUCCCACGAGCACGCCCACGGUGGCGUGUUGAUAUGGGCGAACAAGCAUGCGUUCGAUCCGGCUCUGAGCGCGCCCCUUCUGCAUGCGUCGCCAGCGCAGCCGAUAGACGUGGAGGACCCUGUCGCGUGGCAAGCUGGCGAGUCGGCAGACGGCGACCAAGACGGCGACGCGCGGGCAGACCAGGAUACAGAAGAUCGCCUGAAACUGGCUUCCACCUUCUACAAGACCAAGAGAGAGCCACUGUUCAACGGCGCGUUGACCCUCUCCAGCGUUGCACCUUCCAAGCUCCAGGCGCUCAUGUGCGUUGAAGAGAUCAAAGAGAAAUGCAAGCCGGUACAGCCCGUGGCGGCUGCGGUAUCGGCGCCCUUCUUCCUGCCCACGCGCUACGAAGGCACGCAGACCAAAUUCGCGCCGACGGAGGACGGGGCGUGGGUGGGCGAAGAGAACGAGGAGGGGGGGGACGGGCUCGGGGGCGAUGACGCCGUGGCGUUUUUUUCUGGCAUUAAGGCAGGCGCGCGUCAGGACGAACGAGGCAAGAAGAAGGAAGGAAAAAUCUUCACAUCGGACUCAGGCGGCCUAGACGUGCGCUCGACGCUUCAAAAACUUCUCGACGCGCCCGCAGCGGAGACGCAGAGCGAGAAGGAAGAACGAUUCAUGCGCAUUUUGAGUUACCUGAAAGGGCUUUCCCCGUCAGGAGUCUCUCUCGCCUUGCACCAGCUGGGAGUCCUUGCUGGCGGCUCCGACCGCGAGGUGGAAGAAAUGGUACGCGUCUUCCAUUUCCACGUGAAGAAGCGCCACGACGUCGACUUGGUGCAGAGCUUGCUGAAUGUCUUUUUGAAGGCCCACGGCGACAUUUUGGUGAAUGCGGCCCCCGACUCGGGUCUCGCGCAUUGGUCUGCUGACCUCGAGCGUCUUCUGCGCAACGACUGGCAGACUUUGGAAGAGCAGUUCGCUAUGCUACAGUGUCAUCUCAAGUUCCUUACGCAUCUUCAGAUGGAAUAG